AAGACAUUACGUGGAUAACAUGUCAGCAGUCUAAUAAAUAAAUUUGAGGUACAAAACUAUCCUAAAAAUAGCAGAAUGGCAGCGCCAGAGCUAGAUGAAGAUUUGUACGUAAGAAGACGCAUCCCUUCGUCUACAAAUGGUCGAGAACGGCACGUUUACCUAAACGACUCAGCUGUUUUCUACGAUAGUGUUGAAAGGUACCAGUGAAUGCUAGAUAUCGUGCGCGCUACGGCUACAACGAAUCCCUUUCUUCGUUGAACGAGUCAGAUUACGAAGGGGGUGCUUAUGACUCGACUGUAGGAGAGUAUCAGGAUGAACAGAUUCCUAUCAGUAAGGAGCAGGUGGCAAUUCCUUAUCACGAUUCGGGGCCAUUCUGCAGAUGCUGUCGAAAAUUCCAUUCCCACGAAUGUCCGUCACCGGAAUGGGCCUGUGCUCACUUGUCGCAACUCAUCUGCCCACGAAACGCUCGAUCCCAACAUUAUGUUUCCUGGUUUUAGAUUACUGUUCGGCACGCUGUAUCCGGCCUAUGCAUCGUACAAAGCAUCAGGACCAAAAACGUCAAGAAUAUACGUCAAAUGGAUGAUGUAUUGGAUUGUGUUUGCAUUUUUCACCUGCAUCGAGACGUUCACCGACAUCCUACUCUCGUGGUUCCCGUUCUACUAUGAAAUCAAAGUCAUCAUCGUGCUCUGGUUGCUCUCCCCGGCCACGGGCAGUUCAACGCUUUACCGGAAAUUCGUGCACCCGAUGCUGACACGACGAGAACAGGAAAUCGACGAUUACAUCAACCAAGCCAAAGAAAAGGGCUAUACGGCUGUGCUGCAAUUAGGUUCCAAAGGAGUCAACUAUGCAACUAACGUCAUCAUGCAAACCGCGAUUAAGGGCGGUGGCGGUUUGGUGCAAACGCUACGUAGAAGCUAUAGUUUGAGCGACCUGUCGGAACCGGACACGCACCGCACCCAGGAGGAGAUUGAUGAACUGACCCGGCCCCAGAGGGUGCUGCGCUCUAAAAGUGCUCGAUCCUCUUCCGGCGGUCGCCAUGUGGAAAUGUAUUUUCCGGAGGUGGAAAUAGCCGGGACACCACACCACAAUCCACCACCGCCGUAUAAUUAUAUUCGAUCCUCAGACGAUAUCAGUUCAGGAUAUUCGAGUGCAGAGCCAGGAUUGAGUCGAACGGCUUCGAUGAGUAAUACCGUUAGACCACGUGUGAAAUCUAAAACACGAGAGGAUAAAAUGUCUGCAAGCUGCACUACAUUACCUCGCUCGAAGAAACCGGAAAAGGUCAUCAAGACUCGAUCGAAGACGGAGAAAUAAUUUCUGUGAAUUAUUUAAAAAAGAAAAUAACAUUUCAAACGUUUUAUGUUCCAUGCUUUAGUUUUAUACGUUUAAGUUUUCUACGAAUUAGACAUCUCGAAAGGUGCUUUCUGAAAUGGAAAUACAAAGGUUGAUGAUGACAGGCGGACGAUAAGCACAGCAAAACAAACAGAGCUUAAUCGAAUCACAAUAGUAAUUGCUUUCAGUAUGAGUGCAUGUAAACGAUUUUUAUCUUAGACUAUAUUAUAUAAGUUAUGACUCGAUUGUGCGAAUAACGAAGAUGCAAUUGAAGUACUUUCAAACAGAACAGAAGAAUGUAAUCUACGUGUCAGACGAAUAUGAGAAGAAAGCAUUUAUUAUAAAAAAGUCACAUUAAUGUUUAUAAAAUGCCAAAAUCUAAACAAAUACAGUGAACCACUGAUCCUUAGGAAAUGGAACUGAUUAGCGGAAGUUUUUAUGUAGAAGUAAUUAGGUUAAAACUUUUUUGUUUGCAAUCAUCUUCGAAGCGUCUCUAUUUAUCAUGUCAUUCACUAGACAAAUCUCGAUCAUAUGUACGAUCGCUAGUAUUGUUUCAAAGGUUGAACUUUUUCGCUUGAUCUCCAUUCUCAGGAUAUUUUGCACAUACUUGCAUCUUUAACUUCCUGUAACGAACAAAAAGUCAUGAACAAGCAGCAGUAAAUUCUACUACCUAGUUGAUACGAUACUCCCUUUGAAUUGAAUGUUAACAUGUCAUGUUUAUUUAGUAUAAGCGAGCUUUAGAUCAAGUUUCUGUUUCCAUGUAACAUAUCUUCUAUUAUCACAUAGCACAAAUCGUUUGCGUUACUGACGAAGCAUAUUCUAAUCAGAGGAUAGGUAGUAAGAUCAUGCAUUGCAAAAUUAAAAUUAUAACGGCACACCAGAAUGAAAGUGUUUUUGAUAAAUGGUACAUACUGUUAAAACAAAAUUCACGAAUUUGUUUAAAUUACUAGAACCAUAUAUUUGUUUCGCAUAGAAAUCCGAACUGUUUUAAUAAUUUUCAGAAUAAUACGAUAAAAACAGAUAAGCACACGCUGAAAAUGACACACUAUAUGCUCAAAUGUAUCGCAUGAGGUUAAGACUCUAGGAAACAUUAAAUUUAAAACCCAUAUAGAAGUAUGCAAAAACAGAGCUCCAGGAUUCAGUUAGUUCUGAAAUAUUUCACAAUUCAAUAAUGACGAGAGAAAAUAAAAUUUAAAUGUUGAAA